CUCCACCCCCGCCCUCUCCUCGCCCCUCGCGCCCCGGGCGGGCAGAGAAGGCGGAAGUAGGGGUGUCCUCAGUGGGGUUCGGGCUCCCGGCGGCCCGGGGACGCGAUCGCGGCGGCCUUGGGGCCGGGGGACUGGCGUCCAGGCCGCCUCGGCUCGGAGUACGGUGGCCGUCCUCUCCCGGGGUCGUGGCCGCGCGGAGCCGUGAGGCCGGCGGAGUCGGCUGCCCGGGACCCGAGCGGAAACCACAUACAUUCUGAAUGUUCUAGUAGAAAAGAAGCUGUAAGAAAUAUUUAACUUAUAGAACUGCUUCUCCAGCCAGAACGGUGCCUCACCCUUUGGAGGUGCUCGCCAAAUGGUACUCAGAGUCUUUUUGAGAAGAAGAAAAAGAGCGAUUGAUAAUCUGUUACUAUGAGUCUGCUAAACUGUGAGAACAGCUGUGUGUCCAGCCAGUCUGAGAGAGACUGCUGCGCUGCCAUGGCCAGCUCCUGUAGUGCUGCAGCAAAAGAGGACAGUGUGAGUGGGGCUGCCAGCACAGGCCAUCUCUCCAACUCUUUGAUGGAGGAGAUCCAGGGCUAUGAUGUAGAAUUUGACCCACCCCUGGAGAGCAAGUAUGAAUGCCCCAUCUGCUUGAUGGCGUUACGGGAAGCAGUGCAAACACCAUGCGGCCACAGGUUCUGCAAAGCCUGCAUCAUCAAAUCAAUAAGGGAUGCAGGUCACAAAUGUCCGGUUGACAAUGAAAUACUGCUGGAAACUCAACUAUUUCCUGACAAUUUUGCAAAACGAGAGAUUCUUUCUCUGACGGUGAAGUGUCCAAAUGAUGGUUGUUUGCACAAGAUGGAACUGAGGCAUCUUGAGGAUCAUCAAGCACAUUGUGAGUUUGCUCUUAUGAAUUGUCCCCAAUGCCAACGUCCCUUCCAAAAAUGCCAACUUAAUAUUCACAUUCUCAAGGAGUGUCCAAGGAGACAGGUUUCUUGUGUAAACUGUGCUGUAUCAAUGGCAUUUGAAGAUAAAGAGAUCCAUGACCAGAACUGUCCUUUGGCAAAUGUCAUCUGUGAAUACUGCAACACCAUGCUCAUCAGAGAACAGAUACCUAAUCACUAUGAUUUAGACUGUCCUACAGCCCCAAUUCCAUGUUCAUUCAGUACUUUUGGUUGCCAUGAGAAGAUGCAGAGGAUCCACUUAGCACGGCACCUGCAGGAGAGCACGCAGUCGCACAUGAGGAUGUUGGCACAGGCUGUUCAGAGCUUAAACCUUGCUGCCUCUCUGCCCCGGGUCUCUGGGUGUCACCCAGAGGUGAAUUUCCAAGAAACCAUUCAACAGUUAGAGGGUCGCCUUGUAAGACAAGACCAUCAGAUCCGGGAGCUGACUGCGAAAAUGGAAACUCAAAGCUUCCAUGUAAGUGAGCUCAAACGAACUAUUCGAACGCUUGAGGACAAAGUUGCUGAAAUAGAAGCACAGCAGUGCAAUGGGAUUUACAUCUGGAAGAUUGGUAACUUCGGGAUGCACUUGAAAUCGCAGGAAGAGGAGAAACCUGUUGUCAUCCAUAGCCCGGGAUUCUACACGGGCAAACCUGGGUACAAACUGUGCAUGCGGCUGCACCUCCAGCUGCCAACUGCCCAGCGCUGUGCGAACUAUAUAUCCCUCUUUGUGCACACCAUGCAAGGGGAGUAUGACAGCCACCUCCCUUGGCCCUUCCAGGGUACAAUACGCCUUACAAUUCUGGAUCAGUCAGAAGCACCUAUAAGGCAAAACCAUGAAGAGAUAAUGGAUGCCAAACCAGAGCUGCUUGCCUUCCAGAGACCCACCAUCCCACGGAACCCAAAAGGUUUUGGCUAUGUGACUUUUAUGCAUCUAGAAGCCCUAAGACAAAGAACCUUCGUGAAGGAUGAUACUUUAUUAGUACGCUGUGAGGUCUCUACCCGCUUCGACAUGGGUAGUCUUCGGAGGGAGGGUUUUCAGCCACGGAGCACUGAUGCAGGGGUAUAGCAUCCCCUCAUUUGUUGAAAAGGAAAAAAAGCCAUCUGGAGAAAACAGUGUCUUUCCUUGCCCUGUUCUCAAUAAUAUGUAGACAAAAAAAAAAAAAAAGGCAGUGGGAAAGAUGUAUUACCCACCAAUUGAAUGUGGUUAGAGAGCUCAUGUGCCACUUUUUUCUGUUACACGUGUCUGAAGCGUCUUUCCUUUGGGAUCUGCAGAUUCCAUGCUGUUUUAGAAUUGUUACACCUGCAAUGUCUGUAGCGUGUCACAGCAGCCACUUGUCAAUUAGUAUACCUCUUUGUGGUCCUUUCACGGGCUUUUGCUCCAGAAUGUUCUGAUGUCAGAAGCUUAGGGUUAGAGUGGUAAAGCUCAAACCUUUCAGUGAUAAUGGACGUUCCUGAAAAGUUCAGCCUAUUUUUAUAGUAUUUUAUGUAAUAUAUUAAACUUGAGAAUCACUACCGCCUUGUGCUGGUGCCGACAAGAAGAGUUACGACUCUAGAGUUGAGUUCUCAUUUUAUUUGACCUCUGAUAGAGUUCAGAGGAUUCAAACCUUAAUCCUUGGAAAGUUUAAGUUCUCAUGUAUCAUCCCAUUUUUGCCUUGGGGUGGUACUAAGGAUAUUCAGGGACUAAUUUAAAACCUAAAUGUAACCUUAGUUAUAUAUAAUCUUGUGAACGUGUUGUCUGUUGCUUGAUUCUUGUUUAAAUGUCUCAUUCUACCUUACAUAUUUCUGGCUACAAAGGAGCAUCUUCUUGAGUUUAGAAUGCGAGAACCAUGUGGAUACCAACUGCUCAGUGUUACACUAUAAAUCCCUUUGUGUCUGUUCACUACAGAGUGAGUUCCUCAGCCCUGCCCGUGUGUUCUGAUGCUAAGCUCGUAGGACAAGGGAUGCACACAUAAAAUUGCCAACAUAAAAUUUAAAAUGACUCAACUAGUCAGCUAACAUGGCAUCUCAUUGGUGGUGACAAAAGUUCUUUGAGCCAGAAAUGUUCACCUCUUUUGAAUGCCCUCUGGUUUAGUUCAGUUAAGGGGAACAAAAUUGCUUUCCUAUUAGAGAAUCUCUUAAUAUUUGGUAGAUCAUUGGUAACACUUGAGAGGUCACCCGACUAAGGUUGGACAUCAUCAGGACUUACCCUGAGUAGGCUGCUUUAGUCUGCCAGGUCACACGUACGGAGGAUCACGUGGAAUGUAUUGAAAUGGCUGAAUGUUCCCAACAGGGAGACGUGGUUUUUGUGCCACUGUACAUUUGUUAAAGGUCUGUAGGUAGUAAAUGUGGUGAAAUCUAGUUCUCAGGGUGUCCCACAACUAGCAUGGGCUCUUAAUAAAGAAUCUAAGAGAACCCAUACUCUACGCUGUUUACACAAGAUUAUGUUUGAGGUUGCCUAGCUAUGAGAAACGGUACUGUUCUCUCCAGAGAGGCCAAAUCAGAGCCCCCGGCCAGUGUGAAAGAUCAGCCUUCAUUUCAAGAGGAAGCCAGAACUUGCGGUUCCAGCCAGACCCAGCCUGGAAAGGUCACUUUGACACUUCCUUUUACUUUUCUCCGUACUCCCCUGCCCACCCCACGUUUAGGCUCCGGGUCUGGUGGGUUUCUGUUACAAAGUGGAAAUAAAGAUCAUGCAGAGAUCCUGCCCCCAGCGCCACUGCCGGCACCACCUGAUUGUCGACCAGUUGGCACUUCGCUCCCUGGCACUUGGUGUCCCUGAGCUCCUCCUGUGCUUUCCAAGGAGCUCCCAAGCAUCAUCGCAGCACCAGCCGUCUUGGGCAGGGAAUCGCACCCCGCUGCUGUGCCUCCCAUUGUUUUUCAGUGAAUACGUGAUCGUCAAGUUCAUUUAAAAAGUAAAUGGUAGUUAUUUUUGUUGCAUAGAAAAAGCCUGAAGGAAAUAUACUGAACUAUUUUUGAUGACGUGUUUUCUAUGUGCUUUCUUAUAUGUUUUACAUUUUCUAGAAUAAACGUACUUUUAUCAGAGAAAAAGAAAAAUUAAAUGUUGCCACAAAACAUUCAACCCCACCAAAAAAAGGAAAUGAUAUUUAAAAGCUUUCAGGUCUGGUCAAAUUUCUUAAAAGCAUGGCUGUGCAUUAGGCACUGAGGAGUCAUUUCCUGCUUUGGUUAUUUUGUUCUACUCAGGAAUUUUAAUCCAAACAAUAACAGCUUUUUUGUCUAACUUCAACUUCUAGCUUCAGGUUUCCCAUCUCUAAAAUGAAGAAUUGGAUUAGCCGUUUCCAAGGUCCACUCCAACCGUAAAAUUCUGUUGUUAAGAAACUAAAGUCUAACCAGCAGAAUGUUGACAAUACUUAUAAAAAGAUUUUGCCAGUAGAAAAUUGCUUCAGCUUAAUUUUUGCUGAUAAAAUACUCUAAUUUAGUGUCUGUCAGCUGGGUCUCAUCUUAAUUUUAAUAAGCAAUUUUUUUAACCCCCAACAUUGAGCAUUUUGUAAUAAACCAGCCACUUAUUUUAUGCUGUUCAUUCAUUGUGAAUAUAGAAUAAAAGUAACAAUCAAACUGUCAUUCCAAAUAGGAACUUUCGUUAAGACUUCAACUCAGAAUCAAAUCUUUCCUGGAAAACUGGUCUCUUCUGUUUUUCAAAUCUCUUGCCCCACUCGGAAACAUGCUAGUUUCACCUAGUUGGCCAAUUUUAUCAACCUUCUAACAUUUAUUGUCGGACAUCAUUCUUGGACAUUGCUAAAUUACAAGUAGUUUCCUCUUUUCCCAGAGAUGUCCAACCUAAUGUUGGAUGAAACUUGCCUCAAGUCUUACAUUUUGCUACUGGGAAACAAGUCAGGAUGUUGGUUUAUAGUUUGGUAGUUUUUUACUAUCCUUUGGCUGUUGCAGCAAUGACAGUUUCUGGCUAUUCUACAUGAUGAUUCAACUUUUAUUUUGGGGCAUAAAAAUAGGAAUAGAAGAGAAAAAAGUGAAAUAGAAAGAAAGGUAAGUUUUUUCCCCUAGUGAUGGGCUAAUAGAUGUUGGACGAUCUCUGGCCAAUCGUUUUGUGGUGGGUAUAAAAUUGUGAAAUUAUCGUCCAUUACUGUUUAUGCCAGGAGGUCUCCAAUCAACUGAGAGCAUGUUUAUGACUUUGGCAUGCAGGUAGGAUGCAUUCUUCUUAAAGAGGAGCAAUGGCUUGUCAUUCCUUUAUCCAGGGGUCGCUGCAGUCUCUGGUGACCAGAAAGCACUUUUAAUUACUAGGGAGGUUUGAGAUUUUGAAGUACUUUUCCUUUAUUCAGGUACUGCUGCUCUCUUUUUGGCUUGCUUCCAUUAAAUUCUCACUGUUUUACCUAAAAUACCAUUAGGUGUUUUUGUAAUGCCUAGUUCCAUAGAACCUAAGCAGCGCAAUGCCUUAAGGAAAUGCAAAAGGGCCGAUAGUCAUUUGUAUUUGUUUUUGAAAUACAUGUUUUAAAUUCCUAGGUCCACUUGAUAAGCUGUAAUUAAGUUUCACAGCUGCUGUCAUUGUGUCUAUAGACUGGAGUUGGCACUUCCAAAUUCACAGGAUCCAGAAAGAUGAUCCAAUGAAACCAAAUGAGGUAGAUCUCUGCAGAUUGUAACAUUGUUACAGCCUUCACUUUUACUCAAAGAAACACUUGCAAGGAGGUGCCUGGUUGUUUCCACUCAAUGUCACCUAAGCCUUUAAUGUUCUAAAGUUUUUUCCUCCCUGAAAAUUCGGGUUAUUGUAAAAUUAUAAAGUACUAAGAAAUCAUUCCAGAUGGGGAAAGCAUUUUGUGGGCUGAGGAGAUGGGUGCGGUGCCUUUUCUCUCUCAAAGUGCUUUCUCAGCAGGACAAAGCCCAGCCUUUAGGACGAGAGGGAAGGAGGGCGUUCUCUCUCCAAGUCUGAGGCUCUGACUGGGGUGCCGUUUGGUUCCCAGAAAGUCAGGGUCGCACAGCUGUCGGGUGCUUCCAAGGCAUUUUCUGGGACACGGAGGCCCUCCCCUCCUUCGAGCCUCCUUGCCUGUGUGGACUGACUGCAUUUAUGCCAACAUUCUCCGGGUAGAAGCCAAAGUGCUGUGGGAAGAAGGGCACCGAUUCCUGUAUCCCAAGGAGGAAACGCUACCCGUGGUCCCAGCUGCUCAUAAUGACAUUCUCUUCUACCCUGGUCCUUAGGAGAAUGGAAACUCUGAGCGACAGGGACGCUGUUCGCUGCUGAAACCCUGUACUUAGUGCAGUGCCUGGCACACGGUACACACACAUCCAUUUACUGAUGAACUUUUAGCAAAAAUACUGGUUGAAGUUGACCAAUGUCUGGUAGUUUAUUUAUCAUGUAAGUUUUAGGUGGUAAAGCAUAGAUGUUACUUUUUUUGCUUUUUUUGCCCCCAGCACUUUAUUAUGAAGUUUUUCAAGCAUGCAGAAAUGUUUAAAGAACUGUACAGUGAACAUCCCCCACCUAGAAUCUACAAAGAACGUUUUAUUACAUUCACCUCGUCACUUAAAAGAUGUUACUUUUAAUAUGAUGUCUUCAAGCUUGACUUUUUAAAAAUCUCAUGGCUAAGGGUAACUGAACAGCUUAGAUGGCAUGUUUCAGUGGGGAAACCUGUGAUGUAUGUGUGGUAGCUGGAAUUGUAGUCCUCACUUUAAGCUAGUUUUAAAUGUGUCAAUCUGUUACGUUGAAUUUUAAUCUUAUUUAUUUUGCCUGAAGGGAUGGCUUUUAUAAUGGAUUUAUCUGAAAGUCCUUGAUCAAUCGUGCAGAAUAUUCUAAUGUCAUUUUCACACUCGAUAAACUAUUCAAUUAAUUUCUCUGGUAAGAAUGUAAUUUGGGGUCUAUUUUGCUUAUACAAGGUUCCAGGCUUAUGUUCCCAGAAGGCUGACAUAUAAUUUAGCAUAGAAACCACUAAAUUAGGAACUAAGAGACUUAGAUUUUACUCCCAAGUGAACAUGGGCAAAUCAGUUCUCUUUGUCUUUGUGUCCACUUAUCUACCUGUGGAGUGGGGACUAGAAGUUGAAAUUUAGAUACUAUUAAGUAAUGGUAACAUUUAUUAAUGCUUGGAUCUAUUAAGAAAGACACUUUAUGAAUCCAGGGAGCGUCUUAUAAUUUUAUAACUGCAUGACAAGCUGUGGAAUGAAAUCUGACUUGAAAAAUCGAAGCAAUGCGGUGGUCAGAGUCUUAUCAAAACGUCUGCUGUGGCUUAGAACUUAACUAUUGCCAUGGAAUCUGUGAGUGGUUUUCCUAAUCCACCUGGACUCUGAAAGCAACGUGUUUUGUGAGAGGGAGUGGAUGAAAAACUGGGAGGAGGGGCCACUAAUCACAGGAAGACUGGAAAUGGGGGCAGGGGGUUAAAGGAAUUACCCAGAUUUACUGCAACACUCUCCACUAGUCUCCCCAAGGCUCCCCCGCCCCCCAUGACACACACAACCCAGAAACAAGCCAGCCUUGCCUGCAGCUUCGCCUCAGGGUCUCCGUCAGGCCUGUACAAUUGAAUUGCAGGGUCUCUGUACUCCAUGUAGGAAACAAGCGUGACCUGUUCUUUCUAAACUUAGAUUAUGAAUGUAUAUUCCCAUUUAAUUCAUAAAGAUACAAAGGGGUUUUUAUUUCAGAUCAUGUCUUAGUAGUGGUUGCAAGGAUAGGACUAAAACCGUUCCUUGAAUGGCACCUUAUUAAAUAUUACUUAGAAGAAAACAGAAGCCCACGGACACUCCUAACUCCUCCUGUUUGUUGUUGAUAUUCUCUUACCAGCCUGUAUAUUGCACCCUCAUCUUUACCUAAAAAGUACUCUUAAUUAAAAUGAAACAUAUAUUAAAAUGUAAGUGAUAUUGCAGGUGUUUUUAAAUAAAUAAGUAGACCACUUUGA